ACGAUCGAAAGACAACAAAUGUUUGCAGGCCUAAAUCUAAAUACACUACGGUUUCACCAAAAUCCUGAGUACGUCAUUAAGAUGGGCCGCUGCAAGUCACGUGCUCUCAGGAGCUACUGCAAUUGGGCGACCUUUUCUUCUUCUACUUAUUUCUCCGCAGACAAGCCACAUUUGAGUGCACUGCUGCCUCCCACCGGAGUGACACGACGUGACACAGGAAGUUGACUGUCAGUGGGCUGUCUCCUCUAUAAAGAGUCUGAAGCUGGCCAUGGACUCCUGCCGCAGUCAGUCAGAUAUGAUUUCAGGAUCUUUUUACGCGGUAUUUGCCGGCUUUUUGGCAGCCACUGCCUCUCUGUCCGCCAAGCUGUCCCUCGGUGCCGAGCACCUGAGAGGGAUGUGCGUGUCCGGGCUCAGCUGGACUCACAUACCCGGAGAGACUGCAGCCUGCGAUUGGCUGCUGCUCCCUCUGCGGCUGCUGUGUGCCGGCCUGCUGCUCUCCUGUAACGCUGUCAUGUGGGCCUUCUUCUCCAAGGCUCUCAGACACUGCUCCUCUUCAGCCAGGGCCACGGUCACCACCACUGCGUCCAACUUCAUCUCCUCACGAGUGUCUUCUGUCUGUGUCCAGGCCUUCCUGGGGAGGCUGAUCUUUGGAGAGAGUCAUGCAGCUCUCUGGUGGGUGGGGAUCUCUCUGACUCUGUGUGGCCUGCUGCUGCUGCAUGGAUCCACGCCUCACACACUCUCACCACAGGAGGUCAAGAAGCACAGCUGAUGGAGCUGAGGUCCAUGCACACAGACACUGUUCUUCAGUCACAACUACCUGUGACAAGACUGACGAAUAAUGAUGGAAGGACUCAGUGAUCAUUCAUUGUCAAAAUGCAACAUUCAGUUGUAGUUAAGUGCAUUGUGCUACACAAGAAACACAUUGACAGAACAGAGCAGCUGAAGAGUGGAUUCCUGAAGUGCAUUUUUUUAUUUGCAACAGAAAGAAUUUAGAGAGAAAUAUCUGUGGGCAGAGCUUAGCACACAUGGGCACGCAUUCCAAUCCCUACUCUGCCUUCUCCGAUGUUCAUACCUGUAUCAUGUUGUAUGCCAAAUGUGCUCCAGGAAAAAGAAGCAAGAAAAGACGAGCAAUUUAAUCAAAACGAUCACAAAGUGAAUUGGAGCUACCGGUCGCUGCAUCAAGUGUUGCAAUUUUCAUAAUUUCAUGUGCUAAAUGUUUAAACAGCGGACAGUUGCUCAGAGCUGAUGAUUCAGUCACCAGUUCAGUGUAGGACGUGCAUUGAUCUGUUCAUGCAGUUGUUUUGAAAAGGAAACGUCAUUGCACAGCUUAUUUUGAUGGGGUUUGAGAUCAACUUUCUUACUGACAUUGGAAUUGAUAAGAUGGCAAGAAUACCAGGAGAGUAGUUUUACAAAUCCCUAGUGUGCCUGUGGGAAAUGAUUCUAAGCACCACAGAGCUAACUUUCAGGACAGCUGCUUCAAAACUUGUUGAUUUGCAUUUUUGAACAAAUAAGUACAUCAGAGUCAUGGGGACUUUUGCUGAAUGUGUUAACGAGAUCUUAUCUGUAUUAAAAAUAACAUGAAUAAAGGAUGCCUGCUUUAUCUACAAGGUCAGAGGAGGGAUCCCUCUCCCAGGAUGGACAGACGUGCAAUGGACAUUGUGUGUAAAUUGAAAAGAUAAUACAUUUACAACAUAGGUAGUCCAAAUGCUUGGAAAUGCAUGUGUGUGUAAUAGGAAGAUAAAUCCAGGGAUGACAAAAGACAAAAGGUACACCCUUCAAGGUGCCAUCAAAAACAUUCGGAAUAGACAACAUACAACAACAGAGACACGCAGCAUUCAUACUAAUAACGAAAUAAAAUGCAGGAAUGAAUUCACUAGUAGAGUAAAUAUGUAUGUGUGUAUAAUAAAUUGUCCUUAAGCCACGUUUGCACAAGAAA